ACCGCCUGCACUUAUUAAUUUUUAAUGGAAAUGGCUGCCUUUCUGCUGUAAAGGCUCGCGGGUGGGACGCAGAUCCGCCGUGCAGCUGCAGACCGGGCCUCGCGGAGCGGGUCAGCACCGCCGGACGGGCCGCGGGAGGUUCUAGGCGAAGCGGCUGGUCCGGGUUUAUGAUGUGGGAGCUGUAGAUCCGAGGAUGGAUCGGAUUUUUGGAUUUAACCCUUUCAGGCCCGCGAGCAGAGAUCAAACAAGAUGAUGCGCCAGGUUGCGAGUACCAGUACUGAAUACUGCCUGACCGGCAGGCCCUCCUGCUUGGCCGAGGAUGGUCGUAUCCCGGCUAGUCACUUUGAUCUGUGCUCGGCCCACGCCAACAAGUUUUACCCGUCCUCACCUCCUCCAGGAGCCCUGCAGAUGCCCCUGACUCACCUCUCUCUGCCAUCUCAAGCUCCCAAACCCGCUCCCUGCCACAGGCAGCCUGCCCCGGGCCCACCACGGCCCACUGCUCGAACCCCAAAAGUGGGAGAGAAACCUGAGGAUGCCAAGAAGAAGAAGGCUUCGGGCCGUUCAGGGAAACGGGGUCGACCAGUCGGGACCACAAAGUUAGCCGGGUACAGAACAAGCACCGGACGGCCUCUGGGCACCACUAAAGCAGCGGGGUUCAAAACCAGCCCUGGGAGACCACUCGGGACCACCAGAGCGGCGGGGUAUAAGGUCAGCCCUGGACGCCCCCCCGGCAGCAUAAAGGCCCUCUCUCGCCUCAACAAGCUGGCGUAUGGGUCGAGCAGCGGAGCGGCUUUCCCCUACAGCACUGCCCACAGACCAGCAGCCUGCGACACAGCCGGCAAACAGCAGGACAGCAGCCCAACACCAAAAAUGGCUCUGAUUUCCUCAGUUCCUCAGUUUCUGGUCAGCGGAUUUCCCUUGGCAAGGAGUCAGAAGGCAUCCCCUUCGACUUCCAUGCCGUCGUCCGAGGCCUGCUCUCAGUCGGACGUCUGUCCAAGUGAAAGACAGCCCAACAGUGCGGUGGCUGUACCACUGCACGCCUCCGGCCCCCCAUACUCAUCCGUCUGAUGUCACAGUCCUCUUGCUAGGAACUUACAUUAGGGUUGGGUUUGGAGCAAGAUAGGAACCCAGAAGAACUGAUCACUCUGGACUGAGCUGUCACUUAUGGCCGAUAUCGCCAUCUGCUGAUGAGGGACGUGGUGAUAAUCUCGACACGCAGCUGUGAGUUUACUCUCGAGGGGAGUAUGGCGAUGUGUUUAUACAGUAAAUAUGUGAAGUAGUCUUUUCUCGUACUCUGUUUUUAAUCACUUCCAUCUUCGUUUACACCCGAACGUUUUUUGCGCCAUGAGUAUCAGGAGCAUAUGUGUAUAAAUGCUGGUGUAAACACACCAAAGAUGCUUUUAGAUUCAAAUUUAAUGUGAAGGCGUCUUUAUGUUCUUAUCUUUCAGCCAACAAAAGCCCUACCAGUGCAGCCAAAAGUCCAGCAAAUCCUAGUAUAACCAAAAAACCUUCCUAAUCAACCAAACCCUUUUCCAUUACAACCAACAUCCUCUCAGAUCUCUUGUUCCAAUUAAAACACCUUUCAGUACUGUGGCCGGGCCUCCACCUCUGUUUGCAAUACUGUCCCAUAAAGACACCUAAAGUUGUGCCACUGUUGUUUAAUUUAGGGGCAUCUCACAGGAAUAAGCAUGUAGCUAUAACCCACAGUUCUCAGUAUUUCAGUCUGAGUAACCACACACUACUCAGUGUAAACACAUCUGAUACAGUUCCAGUUCAGAAACUGGCCAUCUGAAACACAGAGGUGUAAACGGGGUCCUCACGUCUUAUUUCAUAUCAGAAAGGUUUUCAGUGCUGGGUUUUAAGUGUUUUAUAGUUUAUAUUUGUAAGUACAGCAUGACGAAGAAGAAGAGUGCAAUGUUUCAGUUCAGUAAUGUUCCAUCACCUGCCAAAGAAAUUCAUACAGAGCUGCUGUUUAAUUCAGAAGAACACUGCGUUUAGAAGACAUGGCUUCGUUAUUCAAGCUCCAUUCUGCGAUCAUUGGAUGCAUAUGAGGCUCUAAGGCUACAUUCACACAGCAGGUAAAAGAGGCCCAAAUCUGAUUUUCUGACUAAAUCCAAUGUUUAUUUUUAUCUUGUUUAAUCAUAUCUGACAUUUGUUUGAGUAGUUUGCGAUGUGCAACUAACAUUGCUUCACGUUAAGUUUUGGUUUAACCCUUGCCAAAAUCACAUGAGCUAUGAAGGAGUUAUGUUGCAGCCAUGGUCUAUAGACGCGUUUGGCUAAAUAAUCACAAAUACAGAGCGGUUGUGACACAAGCCUUCUAAUAUUAGUGGAAAGGACACAUCAGUCCAAAUAUUUCAGAGGUCUGGUGCCUCCACUAGUGAAGUCAUCAACUUACUUUCCCUCAUUUUCCAUUGUCCUCACGUGCAUUUUGCAAACUACUUACUGCUUAUUUCAUUUCUUCUUGGUGUAAAAAGUUAUAUAAAUUCUGAUCUGGCCAUGCAGACAAACUUGCAUUGCUGUGGAACAGAUAUGAAUCGGCUAUCAUCACCACAUAUUAAAGUGGCCAAUACAAAUCAGGUUUGAAAAUGGCAGAUUCAAUUUGUUUUUGUCAUUUACACUGAAAUACAGUGUGACGUGAAAUAUUAGUUUUAUGGGGGGUCCUCUGUGAUUUUAUUCCUGUCCGGAACGACCAUGUAUGUGUUUUCCUCCAGACGUGUUUUUCGCUGAACUCCAUGGUCUUAAGAUAAUGUUAGUCCCGUCUGGAGUUUUAUCACCUCGCAUUUAAUAAAAUAGCUAUUUGUCCACUGCCACGCACCAUAAUUACACUUUGGGUGCACAUUUCCACAGAGAUCCAGAUGCACACAACAGAGAGUGGAAAUGGAGUAGGGCUUUAUAUCGCUAGCAUAUCUUCUGGUGUCAUGGAGCUAUGAUUUUUAUUACAUAUGAGUUUUAACUGCCACAGUAAUGUAGGAACAUUUGUUGAGUUUAUACAACAGUGCUGUAUGUUUGCACAGCUUUGGCCGUGCAUUGGCCUUUGCAUCUCUGUCCUUGCAUUGAGUAUAUUUGAGGCCUCCCACGCAACCAAUGCGUCCACUUCACUCCAGCUUUUUAAUCCAGUUUCUUCUUCACAGAAUGGUAAAAGCAGAUGUAUGGAAGUUUGGGUGGAUGCUUUAAUCUAGCACCUUCCACAAACGCAGCUCCUCUUCUUUGGAAGUUUUUGGAUUUAAGUUGUACGGUGUUCCUCAACAAUCUUUUUGUGUUAUGUUGGAAAGUUAGAUAGCUAUGCUCCAAAUAGCUCUGCAUAACAUUAAACAGCCUGUUGGAAUGCAUUGGAUAACGUGGCUAUCUACUUUAUGAUCAGUGUCCACAGCAGUAGCUACUU